AUGAGCACCAUACGAGUCGACCACCAGUCGGCUGGCGAAAAGUCGGCCAAGCUCGCGGUGCUCAUCGACGCGGACAAUGCGCAGCCCAGCAUGGCGGGCGCCCUGCUCGCCGAGAUUGCCAAGUACGGCACGCCGUUUGUGAAGCGCGCAUACGGCGACUGGACCGGCACGUCGCUCAAGGGCUGGAAGGAGCGGCUCCUCGAGAACUCGAUCCAGCCCGUGCAGCAGUUCUCGUACACGCAGGGCAAGAACUCGACCGACGCGGCCAUGGUCAUUGACGCCAUGGACCUGCUGUACACGCAGCGCUUCGACGGCUUCUGCCUCGUGUCCAGCGACAGCGACUUUACCCGGCUCGCGUCGCGCAUUCGCGAGGCCGGCCUCGUCGUCUACGGCUUCGGCGAGCGCAAGACGCCCAGGCCGCUCGUCACCGCCUGCGACAAGUUCAUCUACAUUGACAACCUAGCCGUCGACGUCGACUUUGCCACCCAGCCCAGCACGCCCACCCGCAAAGAGCCCCCCGCCGCGAAGCAGUCCAUCCCCGAUGCCGUCUUCAUCCGCAAGGCCAUCCAGGCCGUGUCCGACGAUGACGGCUGGGCCAACGUCGCCCGCCUCGGGUCGCUCAUCACCCAGUGGCAGCCCGACUUUGACCCCCGCAGCUUUGGCUUUGAGAAACUCGGCCUUUUGCUCAACGUAUAUCCCUUUGUGGAAACCACGCAGCGUUUUCCACGCGAAGGCAAACCACCAGUUCUCUAUGUGAGACUCAAGUGGAGGGUCAAUAAGUAA